CCCGUCCCCGUGACAUAAGGGAGGGCACGAGUGGCAAGACUUGCGCACAUUCCUCUGCAAGGUUAUUCCUCUCUCUCUCGCCUCUCAGCGCGGUCCUAGCCUGUGUUCUCUUCUCUGUGUGGGACGCCCAGGACUAACAAGCAACCAUGGAUGCCAUCAAGAAGAAGAUGUUGAUGUUGAAGAACGACAAGGAGAACGCCCUGGACAGGGCUGAGCAAGCCGAGCAGGCUAUGAAGGAUGCUCAGGAGAAGAACGUCAAAUUGGAAGAUGAGAUCAACGAUCUGAACAAGAAGAUCAGGAUGGUUGAGGAUGAGUUGGACAAGGCCCAGGAGUCCCUGAAGGAUGCUACCGAGCAGCUGGAGGCCGCUACCAAGAAGGCCGCCGAUGCUGAGGCAGAAGUCGCAUCUCUGAACAGGCGUAUCCAGCUGGUAGAGGAGGAGUUGGACCGCGCCCAGGAGCGCCUGAACUCCACUGUCGAGAAACUGACAGACUCUGAGAAGGCUGCUGACGAGAGCGAGAGAGCAAGGAAGGUGCUGGAGAACAGACAGGGUGCAGAUGAGGACAAGAUGGAGCUGCUGGACAUGCAGCUGAGGGAGGCCAAGAUGAUUGCAGAGGAGGCUGACCGCAAGUAUGAGGAGGUGGCCCGUAAGCUGGUGAUCACUGAGGGCGACCUGGAGCGCGCUGAGGAGCGUGCUGACUUGGCAGAAACUCAGAGGGCCGAGCUUGAGGAGGAAAUCAAAACGCUUGUCAACAACGUAAAAUCUCUAGAAGCCGCAGUAGAAAAGGCCUCAGAGAAGGAGGAGGCUUAUGAGGAGCAGGUCCGUGACCUGUCAGCCAAGCUCAAGGAGGCUGAGACCCGUGCAGAAUUCGCAGAGAGGACAGUUGCGAAGCUGGAGAAGAACGUGGAUGACCUUGAAGACCAACUCUUCACAGAGAAAGAGAAACACAAGCUGGUUUGUGACGAACUGGACCAAACACUCAAUGAUCUCAAUGCCCUGUAAUAGCCGCGACUCAACAACCUUCAACCUCAACCUAUUGCGGGAUGAGCUGUUUGAGCAGAAGGAGAAAUAUAAACGUGUCAGUGACGAGCUAGACAAAACCCUGAGCGACCUGAGCAGCAUGUGAGGUGCCCCGCAUCAUCUCCACGGAGACCCCAGGAACAUCCUUCCCUACUUCUGUACAACAAUCAGACACCUGAACCUACACGUACCAACUGCCCUGAAGCAUGGUCAGGCUGGUUAGAGUUAGUAAGAAACAUCCUAGGGUCUUGGCAAAACUUUGAUUGAAGAAAAGGUAUCACAUGGCAGUACAUGUUCGCAAUAGGAACAUGUUUGUACUUCUCAUUUUGCUUGCAGUUUGUGCCCAUUAUUUUUACCAUGGCUUCUCAGACUCUUAUAUAGGAUUAUUAAACAUGUACGUGUACAUACAAGCCAAAAUCGUAAAAGAAAAAAAAGAAUCAAUAAAUUUUAGUCAAGGUAAAAACCGACCUGUGCCACAAAGGCAUACCUAGUUGUUAUGUUGCAAGAUACAAGUGAGGCAUGUUGGUUUUCUUGUAUUUGGCCAUAUCAAAAACUUCAGCAGAUGUUAAAACAAGGGCUUGAAUGAUUUGGUUAAUGUAGGCUGAAUAUUAUAUGAAUCAUAUAUACCUGAUGUAGACAAAUAGCAGGGAAGGGGGCACCUUUAAAUUUACAAUAAUACAGAGGGAAUUUGUACAAAAUUAGGUGCUAUCUUAUGUAGGCUAUGUUAUCAUGCCCUUUGCAGCAUGCCCAUACCCCCCCCCCCAUAUGCAAAAUAUAGUGAAAGACGUAACAAGCACUAGAGUAUAAUAUUAUUAUUCCUUCCUGAUUUUUUUCGUUGACUGAAGGUCAGUAAUGUUAAUUAAUACAUACAACAAAGAACAAGGGUUAAACGGUACUGGACCAGUCGGUAUCUCAAGUUGAUCAUGCUGGCUUAAAUUGUACCACACAGCUACACAAACAUUCCUUUCUUUCAUGAGACCAAAGAAUUUUAUGACAGUGGACAUAUUAACUUGCAGCUUUUUGGUAACACCUUGGGUAGAGCCAGAUGUUCGCUGGAAUGUUCACAGAUCACGUACGUAAACAUGAAUGUUAACUGUUACAAAUUGAAGAAUGACUGGCUGUUAUAGUGUGUGUUAUUCCCAUCAGAUAUAUACUGGAAAUGGCUGCCCUUUUUCAAGAGUCACUUUGGGAUGGAACUGUGUGUCAGAUCUGUCGGGGCAAGAACCAAACAUCAUUUGGCAUUUGAUGCCACAUGCGAAAGACCAGUUUUUAUAUGAAAGCAUUAACAUCAGUCUAACUACAUGUAGGAGGUAGGGUGCCACAAGUCAAAUGGAGGUUUCAAAAGGCUACCUGCUGUGUGUAAGUUUCCAAGGAACACAAACGUUCUACCUGGCCAGCAUUAGUACCAUACAAACACAGUUGUGCCCGGUCUUACUGUUAAGCUAUCUUUUGCUGUAAGUCUGCUUCUGUUUCCAACCAUGAGAAUCACUUGCUGUGGCUGCAGUUCUCUUGGUAUUUGCAGUGUGGAGCUGUUUUCAGAUGUAGAGAGUGUGGUUUUGUAGCAGGACCAAGUGGAUACUGAUGUUGUUUUGAAAAGGUUUCAAGUUUUGGAGUCUGGCUAGUUGAAUUCUUCCUAAUGAUUUUCCCAAGAGCAGUAAACUGUCAAAUAGCAAUAUGUCGACAAUUUUAACCUAAUCCUACUAUGGAAUUUGCAUAUCUUAAGGAAAAAUAGUGUCCUUGUUUGCAAAUUAUUGCAUAUGUGCAUUAUAUUUGUAGAGUGCUGUAGAAAGAAUAGGUAAUGUUUUUACAGUGCUAUUGAGACAGACAUGUUUAGAAUGAUGUUGCCAAAUAAUUUCAUGUAACUAGGUAAAAGUCACAUGUAUAAGUCAGUCAUGCUCAAGUAUGAUUUGCACUCUAAGUAGUCUGCUUCUUUUGGUAUUUCCCAGUCGGUUUUACAGUGAAUAAACUCAUAUAUUCAUAAAA